AUGUGUGACUGUUCCACAAUCAAAUGUUCCACUGUUCCACCAUCUCUGUUCCACUGUUCCACUGUUCCACUGUUCUACUGUUCAACCAUCUCUGUUCCACUCUUCCACGAUUAGAUGUUCUAGUGUACCACCGUUCCACCGUUAGAUGUUCUAAUGUUCCACCAUCAAAUGUUCUACUGUUCCACCAUCUCUGUUCCACUGUUCUAUCAUUAGAUUUUGUACUGUUCCACCAUCUUUGUUCCACUGUGCCACCAUCUCUGUUCCUCUGUUUCACCAUCACAUGUUCUACUGUUCCACAAUCUCUGUUUGACUGUUCCACCAUUAGAUCUUCGACUGUUCGACCAUUAGAUGUUCGACUGUUCCACUAUUAGAUGUUUCACUGUUCCACCAUCUCUGUUCUACUGUUGUACCAUCAGAUGUUCUACUGUUCCACUAUCAUUUUGCACUGUUCCACCAUCAGAUGUUCUACUGUUUCACCAUCAUCUCUGUCCCACUGGUCCAUCAUCAGAUGUUCCACAUUUGCACCAUCAGAUGUUCUAAUGUUCCAACUCGAGAUGUUCCACUGUUGUACCAUCAGAUGUUCCACUGUUCCACAAUCAGAUGUUCUACUGUUACACAAUCGCAGUUCCACUGUUCAUCCACUCGAUGCUCUACUGUUCCACUAACAGAUGUUCCAGUGUUCCGCAAUUAGAUGUUCCACUGUUCCACCAUGAUUGCGUCACUGUUCCACCAUCAGAUGUUCUACUGUUUCACCAUCAUCUCUGUUCCACUGUUCCAUCAUCAGAUGUUCCACAUUUGCACCAUCCGAUGUUCUAAUGUUCCAACUCGAGAUGUUCCACUGUUGUACCAUCAGAUUUUCCACUGUUCCACCAUCACAUGUUCUACUGUUCCGCCAUCGCAGUUCCACCGUUCAUCCUUUCGAUGCUCUACUUUUCCACCAACAGAUGUUCCAGUGUUCCACCAUCAGAUGUUCCACUGUUCCACCCCCGGGGGGUACUGCCAUAUAUGGGCUAUAUAGGUAUGUGCCGCUGUGAAGGGUAUGGUUUUCAAUCAGUUUACUCUAGGAUCCGAGCGUUUGGGUCUAGAAUAGGGUAUCAUUUUUCAGGAAACUGAUCAGUUGGUUGAAGAUUUUAUCUAGACUAGGGAUUGUGAUAUAAGGUUUUGUUUUGGCUAGACUGUGCUAGUGACCUCAGUAGUUUCUGGAAAACAGCUACUCUAGGAUAGGGGGGAUUUGGGGAGUUUACUCUAGUAUAGGGUAGCAAAAGUCAGCUGAACUAGCUUUCGUAUAGGUUAAGGGCUCCAGAGUCCCAGCGGCACAUCACCACCCAGAAAUUCCUAAAGUACUCCCGGGAGUUCCACCAUCAUCUCUGUUUCACUGUUCCACCAUGUAUUUUCCACUGUUCCACCAUCAGAUGAAACAUUGUUCCACUACCAGAUAUUCUGCUGUUCCACCGUCUGAAUACCACUGUUAAUCCAUUCGAUGCUCUACUGUUCCACCAUCAAAUGUUCCAGUGUUCCACCAUAUCUGUUCCAUUGUUCCACCAUCAGACGUUCCACUGUUCCACCAUCUCUCCUCCACUGUUGCACAAUCAGAUGAUCUAAUGUUCCGCCAUCAUCUCUGUUCCACUGUUCCACCAUUACAUGUUCUACUGAUCCACCAUCGGAUGUUCCACUGUUCCACCAUAAGAUGUUCGACUGUUCUACAGUCUCUGUUCCACUCUUCCACCAUCAGACGUUUGACUGUUCCACAAUCAGAUGUUUUACUGUCCCACCAUCUCUGUUUCAGUGUUCCACUGUUCUAGUGUUGAACCAUCUCUGUUCCACUGUUCCACCAUCACAUGACCUACUGUUCCACCAUCAGAUGUUCCAAUGUUCCACCAUCAGAUGAUCUACUUACUGUAUCACCAUGCCUGUUCAACUUUUCCACCAUCAGAUGUUCUACUGUUUCACCAGUAGAUGUUCCACUGUUCCACAAUUUCUGUUCCACUGUUCCACAAUUCACAAUCAGAUGUCCUACUGUUCCAAAAUCAGAUGUUCUACUCUUCCACUAUCUCUGUUCCACUGUUUCACCAUCAGAUGUUUUACUGUUCCAAAAUUUCUGUUCCAAUGUUCGGUCAUGACUGUUCCACUGCUCCACCAUAAUAUGUUCUACUGUUCCACCAUCUCUGUUCCACCGUUAAACCAUCAGAUGCUCCACUGUUCCACCAUUAGAUGUUCCACUGUUCCACAAUCUCUGUUCCACUGUUUUACCCUCACAUGUUCUACUGUUCCACGAUCAGAUGUUUCACUCUUCCACCAUCAUUGUUGCACUGUUUCACCAUCAGAUGUUCUACUGUUCCACCAUCUCUGUUCCACUGUUCCACCAUGUAUUUUCCACUGUACUACCAUCACAUGUCCCACUGUUCAACCAUCAGACGUUCUACUCUUGCAUAACAAGAUGUUCUACUGUUCCACCAUCAGAUUUUCCAUUUAUCAACAAUCAUUUUUCCACUGUUCCACCAUCAGAUGUUCUAGUGAUCCACCAUCAUGUCUGUUCCACUGUUCCAAUGCAUAUUUUCCAGUGUACUACCAUCAGAUGUUCCACUGUUCCACCAUCAGAUGUUCUACUGUUCCAUCACCAGAUGUUUAAUUGUUCCACCACCUCUGUUCCACAGUUCCACCGUCUGCGUUCCAUUGUUUCACUGUUACAUGUUCUACUGUUCCACAGUCAGAAGUCCGACUGUUCUACCAUCACUUGUUCUACUGUUCCACCAUCAGAUUUUCUAAUGUUCCUCCAUCUCUGUUCCACCGUUAAACCAUCAGAUGGUCCAGUGUUUCACAAUUAGAUGUUCUACUGUUCCACAAUCUCUAUUCCACUCUUCCACCAUAAGACGUUCCACUGUUUCACUAUCUCUCUUUUUACUGUUCCACAAUCAGAUGUUCCACUGUUCGACCAUCAUAUGUUCUGCUCUUUCAGCAUCUCUCCUCCACUGUUCUGCCAUCAUAUAUUUGACUGUUACACCAUCUCUGUUUCACUGUUUACCCAUCAGAUGAUCUACUGUUCCGCCAUCUCUGCUCCACUGUUCCACCAUAAGAUGUUCUACUGUUCCACCAUCAGAUGUUCCACUGUUCCACUCGAUGUUUUACUGUUUCACCGUCUCUCUUCCACUGUCUUACCAUCUUUCGUCCACUGUUCCACAAUGAGAUGAUCUACUGUUCUGCCGUCUCUGUUCCACUGUUCCACAAUAAGAUGUUCUACUCUUCCACCAUCUCCUUUCCACUGAUCCACCAUGAGAUGUUGUACUGUUGCACCAUAAGAUGCUUGCUAUUCCAUCAUCAUCUCUGUUCCACUGUUACACCAUCAGAUGUUGCUUUGUUCCACUAUCAGAUGUGUUACUGUUCAACCAUUAGAUAUUUUAAUGUUCAAACUUGAGACGUUCCACUGUUCUAUCAUCAGAUGUUCCACUGUUCCAUCAUCAGAUGUUUUUACUGUUCCACCAUCUGUGUUCUACUGUUCCACCAUGUUUUUCCACUACAAAAAAUCAGAGGUUCCACUGUUCCACCAUCAUAUGUUCUACUGUUUCACCAACUCUCUUCCACUGUUCCACCUUUAGAUGUUCCACGAUGUCUGUUUUACUGUUCCACCAUCAGAUGAUCUACUGUUCCGCCAAUUGUGUUGCGCUGUUCCACCAUCUCUGUUCUAAUGUUUUAUCAUAAGAUGUUCUACGGUUCCACCAUAAGAUGUUCUACAGUUCCACCAGCAGGAAUUCUACUGUUCCACCAUCUCUGUUCCACUGUUCCACCAUAAGAUGAUCUACUGUUCGCCAACCUCUGUUCCACUCUUCCACCAUCAGAUGUUCUACUGUCCCACCAUCUCUGUUCCACCGUUCCACCUUUAGAUGUUCCACUGUUCCACCAUAUCUGUUCAACUGUUCCACCAUUACAUGUUCUACUGUUCCACAACUUUGUACCACUGUUCCACCAACUCUGUUCCACUUUUCCACUAUCAUAUGUUCUACUGUUCCACCAUAAGUUGUUCCACUGUUCCACCAUCAGAUGUUCUAUGGUUCAACCAUCAGAUGUUCCACUGUUCUACCAUCAUCUCUGUCACACUGUUUCACCAUGUAUUUUCCAUUGUUCGAUCAUGAGAUAAAACACCGUUCCACUAUCAGAUGUUCUGCUGUUACACCAUCUCAGUUCCAAUGUUCCAAAAUCUCUGUUUCACUGUUUCAGCAAUAGAUGCUCUACUGUUGUACCAUCAGAUGUUCCACUGUUCCACCAUCAGAUGUUUUACUGUUCAACCAUCAGAUGUUCUACUUUUCCACCAUCAGAUGUUAAACUGUUCCACCAUUAUCUCUGUUGCACUGUUCCAUUAUGUAUUUUCCACUGUUCAACCAUCCGAUGUUCCACUUUUCCAUUAUCAGAUGUUCUACUAUUCGAACAUCAGAUGUUCAGGUGUUCCACCACCUCUGUUCCACUGUUCCAUCAUCAGAUGUUCUACUGUUCCACCAUCAGAUCUUCCACUGUUCCACCAUAAGAUGUUCUACUUUUCUACAUUCUUUGUUCCACUGGUCCACCAUCAGAUGUUUGACUGUUCCACAAUCAGAUGUUCCACUGUUCCAACAUCUCCCUUCCUCUGUUCCACUGUUCUACUGUUCAACCAUCUCUGUUCCACUGUUCCACCAUCAGAUGUUCUAGUGUUCCGGGAUAAGAUGUUUUACUGUUCCACCAUGAGAUGUUCCACUGUUCCACCAUGAUUGUGCCACUGUUCCUCCAUCAGAUGUUCUACUGUUUUACCAUCAUCUCUGUUCCACUGUUCCAGUGUCAGAUGUUCCACAUUCCCACCACCAGAUGUUCUAAUGUUCCAACUCAAGAUGUUCCACUGCUCUACGAUCAGAUGUUCCACUGAUCCACCAUCAGGUGUUCUAGUGUUCCGCGAUCAGCUGUUCCACUGUUCCACCAUCAGACGAAACAUUUUUCCACUUUCAGACGUUGUACUGUUCCACCAUCUCAGUUCCAAUGUUCCAGUGUUCCACCAAUAGAUGGUCUACUGUUCCACCAUCAGAUGUUGAAAUGUUCCACCAUCAUCUCUGUUGCACUGUGCCAUUAUGUAUUUUCCACUGUUCCACCAUAAGAUGA